UUCUUAGAAUCGUCGAGACAUUCGCUGGACUUUUCAUACGCGUUUGAAGCUUCGUGAAGUUUAGUUUGGUGUGUUUCAGGUUUUUUAAAAUUAUCUAUAUAAAAAUUCAAGAUUGUUACAUUCAGAGAAAAUAAUAUGAAGCUUACAGAAGGAAAUAAUCACGGUCGUAUCAAAGUACGCACAACAGCAGAGCAAGAAUUAGCCAAAAAAAUAGAACGAGAGAAAAAAGUUGUUCAGUAUAAAGCUGCUAUAAAUUUAAUAUUUGAAAAGAGAAAGAAUAAAAUUUAUGAUGAUGAAUUACUUUUUACAACUGAACACCUAGUGUUGAAAAUACCUGACAUUCACACAAUUUGGAAUAUUCGACGAGAAGCUUUCCAAAAUAAUCAAUGGGAUAAAGAACAAUAUGUAGAACGUUUAAAGAAAGAAUUGUCAUUAACAGAAAAUUGUUUACGAGAAAAUCCUAAAUCUUACAGUGUUUGGUAUCAAAGAUGUUGGGUUAUAGAUCAUUUACCAUCACCAGAUUGGAAUACAGAGUUAGCUCUUUGUGCUAAAUGCCUCAAUUUGGAUGAACGUAACUUUCACUGUUGGGAUUAUAGACAACACAUCGUAAAGAAGGCUGGAAUAUCUGAUGAAGAUGAAUUUGAAUUUUCUACUACCAAAAUUUUAAAUAAUUUUUCGAAUUAUUCAUCGUGGCAUUACCGCAGUAAAAUAUUAUCUAAGUUGUUUCCGGACAAAGAGAAUAAAUUACCUAUUGAUGCAGAAAAACACAAAGAAGAACUGGAUCUUGUUAUGAAUGCAACAUUCACAGAUCCAAAUGAUUCAAGUGCUUGGUUCUACCAACGUUGGUUGCUAGAUUAUACAGAAACUCAACCGAAUGUUUUAUGGCAAGUGGAAGUAACAAAUGAAGCAGCAAUAGUGAUAUUUCAUGAAAACACUUGUCUACGACCAGAUGAUUUAUCGCUUUCAAUAAAAGUCGCAGAUCAAGCAUCAGAUGAUGAUUCUAAUAAACAUCAUUAUUACAUAACAAAUUGGAAUUCACUAAAUAAUUCCUCAUUUUCCAAAGUUUGGGUUGCUAGUCUAUCUUCAGAAAAAUUCGACGAAAAAGAUGAGAAACCAAUUACAAUAUCUAUUACUUUCAAGAAAAAUACUUUCAAUCUUACAAAAUCAGAAAACAGUAAUGUUUGGUACUACAGAUCUUCUUCUUUACCUUUGGAUAGACAUAAUAAAACUCAACUCAAAGAACAGCUAGACAAUUAUAAACAAUUAGUGCAAAUGGAACCAAAUAAUAAAUGGGCCAUUCUUACUGGAAUUUUUCUGAUGAAAAAUUAUGAUUUUGUAUCAUAUCAUGAAGAUAUAUUGAAAGAUUUAAAUCUACUAAUGAAGAUUGAUCACCUUCGUGCUAACUAUUAUGCUGAUAUACGAAGUAAAUGUGUAAUGGAUUAUAAAUUACACUUUUUCCAACAAAGUAAGGAUAAUUCGGAUUUAAAUUCUACAGUGGAUUUAUCAAAUCUUGAACUGACAAUAUUCUACAACGAACAUUAUUUUACACUAUGCCAAGAAUUAAAUUUGUCUGGGAAUCAUUUGAAUUAUUCCUUGCAAAGACUUUCAACUUUACGGAAUUGUCAAAAAUUGUCUUUAUCUUAUAAUAAUCUAAAAAGCAUAAAGAAUUUCCCGACGCUACCAAAUUUGAAAUACCUUUCACUUCAGGGAAAUGAAUUGACAAAUAUUGAUGAAGUAUUAAAUUUAUUAAGCAGACAUAAACUUAGUGUUCUUGACAUUCGUGACAAUCCAGUUUGGGACUCGGGUGAUAUACAAUCCCAAAUUUUGAAUAUUUAUCCUGAUAUUGAAUUAAAAGUUAGUUAAUUGUUCGGCAAAUGAUAACAUAGUUAAAAGAAUAGAAAAUUUUGACUAAAUUAAAUCAUUAUUCUCAAAUUUAUUGACUAUGUAAUGUAAAAACAUCACACAUAAUAGAAAAUCAUGAUUUUUUAUAACAAUUAUUCAAAGUAAAUGUAAUUCGUUCUUAUGAAUAUUCACCUGUUCAUAUAAUUUUUAUAUCUACACACUAAUUUUACACAACGAAUUAUAUAUCGAUGUAU